CCUCUGGCUGUAAAGGAGAAACAAGUGUUAAAGUAGCUCUGAGGAGAGUAAACUAACCUCCAGCAUCCACACGGCAUAAAAGAAGAGUAACAGCGGACGCCUUUAUUACAGACACCAUCAUUACAAGUCAUUCCUCGGAUGUGCGUUUUCUCCCUUGAAGUAAAGGAUUUUGUGUUUGUUUCUGAAAUGGCAGUCUGGUUCGAGUUUACCGCGCACAUGCUUUUUCUAAUGCUAGGUUGUUGUCUUGGAACUUUGGAGGGUCGGACCUCGAGCCGAACCCCAUGGGGCUUGCAGGGACAGGGCAGCGAUGGAACCGAUUCUCCGUUUGACCGAGACAGAGCUAAUCAGGAUGUGGUCUCACAGCACAUGUACAGGCUGUAUGAGAAAUACAACAGAGAUCUGAAACGACUCAGAGAGGGAAACACUGUCAGGAGUUUCAGAGCCAGCCAAGACUCGUCUGACCAGAGGACGUUUUACCAUCUGAACCUGACGUCUCUCCAGGACUCAGAGCUCAUCCUCUCUGCCACGUUUCACUUCUUGUUCGACCAGUGCCCACGGCCAAGGGCCUGGUUGGGCAAACGCUACAAAAUCCCGGCCUGUCGCUCUCUACACCUCCACCCUGCUCCCUACAUCCACCUCUUCCUUCACUCCAACCCCUCUGGGUCAGGGUUCAAUCCAGGGUCGCAGGUGUCAUUGCUAGGCAACAUGACAUUUCACCCUAACCAGAAAGGGUUGUGGCAGAUGCAGGACGUGACUGUGGCGAUAAAAGAGGCCAGGGAAAAGGGCAGUCAUUUUGUGUCGGUGGAGCUGGACUUUGGGCUGCAGUACCACAGACAGCCAGAGGACACACUGUCGGGGGCCAGUCUACCUUAUUUGUUGAUGUAUGCUGAUGACCAUGCGCUAGAUGAGCCCAAUAGUGUGGCACAGACUUUACAGAGGUAUGGCCCUGAGGCUGAGGUGAAGGAAAAUUCUUCUCACCCUUCUCGUCUUCCCCCUAAACAGGGGUCAAAGGGUCGUGUGAGAAGGGGGGUACCAUCAAACCCAGACUCCAUCCAGAACAACGAGCUACCAGAGGUGGAGUACAGGCCUAGCGGAUCCAGGAAAGAUGACCUGUUUGAAACCGCCUACCACACCCUGAAACCUAUCAAUCCCAAGCCUGGGAGGAAGGAGAGGAUGAGGAACGGCCAGGACGGAGAGGAAGAAGUGAAAGAUGGAGAGAGGGAUGGAGGGAGUCAAUCGCCAGUUCUGAGCUUGGACGAGAGGACCCCAAAGAAGAGCAGCGAUGGAGGGAGUAGGUUGCAAGACAACAUUGAGGGAAGGAGUGAUGAAAGAAACGAUAGAGGGAAGGCAGGAGGAAGUAAGUCUCCAAUGCUGAGUUUUGAUGAGUGGACAAUGCGCAAGGCGAAGAAGAGACAGUGGGAAUCGGAGCCCCAGAUUAGGAGCUGCUCUAGGAGGACACUCAGGGUCGACUUUGCCGAUAUCGGCUGGAGUGAGUGGGUCCUGGCGCCUGAAGCCUUCGAUGCCUUUUACUGCGCUGGAACCUGUGGAUUCCCCAUGCCCAAGGUGCUGCAUCCCUCUAACCAUGCAACCAUCCAGAGUAUAGUCCGUGCGGUUGGGAUAGUUCCAGGGGUCCCAGAGCCCUGCUGUGUCCCAGAGAAGAUGAGCCCUCUGGUAGUUCUCUACCAGGACGAGGGAGGUAACCUGGUGCUCAAGGUCUACCCCAGCAUGUCUGUGGAGAGCUGUGCCUGCAGAUAGACCCAAAGGACAGAGGGGAACAAUGUUGGACAAGACAGGAUGGAAUGGCAGGAAUUUAAAAGGAAAAAGGGAGAAAAAAAAGGGAAGGAAAAAAAGACGAGAUAUAUUCAUAAACGGACGGAUGAGUUGAGGUGUCUGUCCAUCUCUUCGUCCCUUGUGUCCCUCAGGCGUUUGACGCUGAGAUAGGUGAACGCAAAGAAGUGUUGAAGAAGCACGUUAUCUGUCGUUGCAGCACCAGUCAUGUCCUCCAGUAGCAGUAGACACACGCCACCACAAUAUUCUCCACAUCUACCAUACCCUCGACAAAGCAGCAUCACCACUUCAAGGACUACAGGUACUGAGAGAGCUCUCUCCCUCCAAACAACUAAUUCAAAUCGUUACGUUCAAAAACCAGGGCUGCUUGACUGGCGCUGUGUUUAUUUUUAUUUUUUUAGGCACUGAUCAUGCUUACUUUAAUAUACCCAUUUCAGACAGAAGAUGGGGCAUGUUACCUGUAAAAAAAAAAAACCUGAGUGUACAACACACCUUCCUAAUACUGAGUAGCUCACCCCCUCCUCUUUUCCAUCAGAACAGCCUCAAUUCCCCGUGGCAUGGACUCUAGGAGUCAAAAGCGUUCCACAGGGAUGCUGGUCCAUGUUGACUCCAAUGGUUCCCAUAGUUGUUUCAAGUUGGCUGGUGGAUCAUUCUUGAUACAGACAGGAAACUGUCGAGCGUGUGGAAAAACCCAGCAGCGUUUCAGUUCUUGACACAAAGCGGUAUGCCUGGCACCUACUACCAUAACCCGUUCAACAGCACUUAAAUCUUUAGUCUUGCCUAGGGCAAGUUGCGGUGGCCAUAUUACCGCAACCGUGGCGGCACGUCAUGACGGCAGUCAAAUUCCACGUUUAGUCACGGUAAUUAGGCCUACCAAACUAGUAUCCUACCAAACUUGUCAUUCUUAUCACUCUGACAUCAAUGCAAUUGUUAUUGAAAAUCAGGAGUAUAACCUACCUGACUGGUAUGAAAAUGAAACACCAGGAAAAACAUCCUAAAUUCUCUAUUUAAGUGCAUAGAUGACAUGUCAUUUUUUCCCCUGCCCCUGUUUCCAGACAGGUGCAUGAUAAUGGUCUAUUCUAAAUCA